AUGCCAACAAGAGUGCUAUAUCAUUGUCCAUGUAGUACAAAUUUCACACCUUCUUUCGGUCCUAUCCAGCCUUCAACUUCAUCAUUUCAAUUGCCUUCGCUUUAUUUCUGUGACGAUUGCGAUUCAAUCCGAUGCGAUCAAUGCACGACAAAAGAAUUGACAGUGUAUUACUGUCCCAAUUGCUUGUUUGACGUUCCUUUAGCAAGUAUCAAAUCAGAACAUGCAAAUUGUCCAAGGAACUGUUUCUCUUGUCCGAUAUGCUCAUCCACCUUGGGCGUUGUCGGCAGCGAUUCCAACGAACAAUCUCAUUGGGAUCCCUUAUCAGCCGAAGCCAGUACGGGAGAACCUCCUUGGUACCUGCAGUGUCCAACGUGCAGAUGGGAUAGCAAAGAGGUGAAAAUGACUUUCGAAAAGUCCACCGGACUCAGUCUUCAAGUGCAAAAAAUUGAAGAUGAAGCGGCAGAUGCGGUCGAAUUUCGUGAUCUUCGUGCACAUUUCGAUAAAUACCUUCGCUUUUCAACAUCAUCAAAUGAGACUCAGUAUAGCAUGGAAGCGGCUAGAGCAAGCAAGCUAUUGCGAGAUGUUCCAUCUUUGGCCAAUCAACCCGGUUUUGGAGUGGGACGGAGUAAGAUCUCAAAAAGGAAAACCGACCAGGAUGAACAGAUACCUCAAUACACCGCAAAGAUGACAUGGGAUGCUGGACGGGACGAAAAGAGAUAUGUCGGCGUCAAGCAAGAUCUGCAAGAGGGGAAGGCGUUGGGAGCCAUCGGUCGGAAAGAACAAUCCCGCUUGGAAUUUAUGCAGGAACAAGUAGAUGAUAGCCAGAUAACAGAUUUGGCUCAAAGAUGGUCCGCCAUGAAUGAUCAAAGCGUACGAAAGGCAGAUUUAGGACCCUGCAGGGUACCCCUUCGUACAAAGCAGACCAAGAGAUGUUCAGUCUGUCGUCACAUAAUCAUCCGACCAGAGUCUAAGCCUACUUCGAGCAAGUAUAAAAUUCGUCUUCUUGCUUUGAAUCGAUUGCCAGAGAUCUUCAUCAGACCGCCCAAUUCAAUUUCAACUGCAGAUCGACGAAGAAGUACUUAUGCUACGCUUAAUCGGCGCAAGAAUGUGAUCGUAGAUGAAGAAAACUUACAAGCAGGUAGAACAUAUCUCUUCGAGGCAAGCUUCAUCAAUCCGCGUGAUGAAAUGAUGAUGGUUCGAUUACAUCUUGCUCGUGCACCUCCUUCUUCAAACGAUUCUCAUGCAUUCUCUGCAUCAUCUCCCAACAAAGGCAUCCCGAUGAGUGUCUCUAGUCGAUAUGCAUGGUCUGUCUCACCUACUUCCAGCAAUUUUCCCGUUAGCGCUUACAACGAAGUAUGGGAACUGGCCGAAGAAGAUGAUGAGGAUCUCUUCGAGCCAAAAAGUGAGGAUAUCGACGAAGAUGGAAUGGGCGAUGAUCGUGACCAGAAAAGAAGUCGAACCGACGUUGGCGGUCAUCGAGAAGGCAAAAAGAGGGGCCAAGGUAUUUUGAGAAGGAAAGGGCACGAAACAGUGAUUGGUCUUGAGCUCUCUUUGGACAGGGAAGCCGUUGGAGAGAUUGAAUUUCCCAUGCAGGUCACAUUCACCUACAAACCCGACGCUGAAGUAUCGCAAAGAGGAUCAUCUCAUGCAUCAGACAGCAAAAGCUUCUCCUUUUGGACUUUUGUUCGCUUAGGUCGUGUGACUUCUGAAGGUAGUGGUUCUGGACAUCACGCACAACCGCAUUCCUCUAUUGCCGAAGCUAGAAGAUCUGCACUGGAUAAGCGCCGUAGCAUUAUGGGCAUGAACAUUGGCGGGCAUGGAUCUGCGGUUGCAGGACAAACAACAUCCACUUUAUCGGCUUUGAGGCGGGAAGAUUCUAAAGAUGGAACCGUUUCGAGCGGAAGUCCUCAAAGACCUGGCAGUGUUGCCAGCGGAACGGGCUAAUCACGAAUAAUGGCUGAGUCGAAAUAGAGAUAACGCAGACACAUCCACACUUGUACCAUAAAAUACUAUACAAUUUAUGUCAUCCUUUACGAGAUCUAACGCCGUCCUGCUGCUGCUUCUGUGUGAGGUGAAGGGAGUC